UUGACAUGACAUUUCCACAACUGACAUUAAUGUUUUUGUUUUUCUUGUUUUAUAGGUUUCUGGCUGUAUUGCAUUUAUUAGGAAAAGUCUUUGCAUUAUCUAUUGGUUUGGUAGUCAGUUGGUAUUUUACUACAAUUUUUCGUCAGGAGUGGAAAUCUGUUUUUCCUAAUUACCUGCUAAAAUUAUUAUCUGCCUUUAAUAUGUUGACAGUAAUUUUCUGCACAAUUCCCAAAGUUCCUUUUUGAAUACAUGCUGGGUCCAUACAACAAAUGAAUUUCAAAGACAAAUUACUUUAAAAACCUUGAAUAAUAAAAACCUUUGUGCAUUCAUAUUUUCUUUGUUACCAUGUCUUUGUCUGGAAGUAUUGGAAGUCCAUCCAAAGAUUCUGGUACAUCUGGAAACAGCAGCAUGGCAGGAAGUGAUCCUAAUUUACCAAGGGAUUUUAGUAGAUUAUCAUUAUUUUCUUCUGGUUCAACUACAUCCCAAGAUGAACACUUUAACUGUGUAGGUCAUGCCGAACAUAGUUUAUUAUGCAUGAAAAAAUAUUUGCAAGCUGGAAAAUUAUGUGAUGUUGUACUUAUUGCAGGACAAAAUGGACAGAGAAUCUCAGCUCACAGGCUAGUUCUAUCAGCUGCCAGUGAAUAUUUUGCCACCAUGUUCACUGGAAGCCUUAGCAAUAAUGAACAAAGAGAAAUAACGCUGGUUGAUAUUAAUGGAGAUGUAUUGCAAGCUGUAGUUAAUUAUUGUUAUACUGGUGCUAUUGAAAUUAGAGAAGACAAUGUUGAAACACUUCUAGCAACAGCAUGCCUUAUGCUUCUUCAUGAGGUUGUAGAAGCAUGUUCCAGAUUCUUGGCUCAUCAGCUACAUCCUAGCAACUGCUUGGGCAUAGCAAUUUUUGCUGAACAUCAGUCAUGUACCAGUUUAUUAAGUGAAGCUAAUUCUUAUACCAGUCAGCAUUUUAUGCAGGUUAUAUUGAACCAAGAAUUUCUACAACUAAAUGUUGAGCAGAUGUCCAAUUUGCUCAAUAGUGACGAUCUCAAUGUCAGCUGUGAAGAACAAAUUUUUAAUGCUCUUAUGAGUUGGAUACAACAUGAACCAACCAAAAGAAAAAAACAUAUAGGUCGAUUACUAGCACUAGUUAAGCUUCCAUUUCUAAGCCCAGCCUUUUUAUCAGAUCAAGUAGAACCUGCCGUUAGCGGCGAUUCUAUCUGUCAGAAGCUAAUAAUGGAGGCAAUGAAGUGGCACUUACUUCCUGAGAGGAGACUUCAGAUGUCCUGUUCAAGAACUAGGCCCAGAAAAGCUACUAUUGGAAGACUGAUGAUAGUUGGAGGAAUGGAUAAUAAUAAAGGUGCAACAACUAUAGAAAGUUAUGAUCCUAGAUCUGAUACAUGGACAGUAGCCAACCAUAUGAGUGGAAGAAGAUUACAGUUUGGAAUAGCAUUAAUGUAUGAUAAACUACUUGUUGUUGGAGGAAGAGAUGGUUUAAAAACUCUAAACACAAUGGAAUGUCUUGAUUUGGAAAGUGGUUCAUGGACCCAGUUAUCACCCAUGAAUACUCACAGACAUGGCCUUGGUGUAGCGGUUUUGGGAGGUACCUUGUAUGCUGUUGGUGGUCAUGAUGGGUGGAGUUAUCUAAAUACAGUAGAGAGAUGGGAUCCGGCGACCAGAAGUUGGCAAUACGUAGCGCCAAUGCAAAAUCAACGUUGUUCUGCCGGCGUAGCAGUACUUAAGGGACGCUUAUACGCUGUUGGUGGUCGAGACGGUGCCAGUUGUUUGCGCACUGUUGAAUGUUAUGAUCCAUACACGAACAAGUGGACCUUAGCUGCUCCACUUGCCAGGCGUAAAGGAUGUGUAGGCGUAGCCACGGCUGAUGGAUAUUUAUAUGUUAUAGGUGGUCAAGAUGCUCCUGCAAAUAAUCCCACAGCUUCCAGAUUUGACUGCGUUGAACGGUAUGACCCGACCACAGAUACUUGGACGACGGUGAGUACACUUUCAAGUAAGCGCGAUGCUAUAGCUUGCACCCUAUUUGGAGACAAACUUUAUUGCGUCGGUGGGUACGAUGGAAAUAUGUAUCUCAAAAACGUUGAGGCUUAUGAUCCUAUCACAAACGAAUGGUCGACGCUGACUCCGCUCAAAACGGGCCGCGCUGGUGCAUGCGCAAUAGCCGUUUCUAAUCACGUAUUUGAUCGGGGAGAAUGACGACGCGCAGGAGGCUUUGGAAGUCUUUGAGCUUAAAAUGAUGCAUUUUAACCCGAUGAAAAUUAUGAAUUGUCGGUUAGUAAGACUAGUGAUAGAUGGAUUAUGUGAAUUUCGUUUGGUAAAUGAGCCUUGGGCUUCCGUUCCAUCCAUUGGCGUCAAACAUUAAAAUGUGUCAUUCACUUCAAUGUCGCUAAUUUACUUCCUUUGAUGUAUUCUAAAAAAAAAUUUAUAGAGUUUAGUCUAUUGAAAACGUACUGCAAGGCAUUACAGGAUGGGAAAAACCCUAAGAAUGAGUGCUCAGUAGCUGUACUGCUCCGCAAUUUUUUGGAAAUGGAAAUGCGGGUGAAUCUCAUGGAAAAGUGCCUUUAAUUUCCUAUACGUUGAUGCAUAAGUUUUGAAAAUCGAUCCUUUUUUAAAAAAUAUCAUGGGAGCUUUGGUAUUAUAGAUUCGAGACUCUGGGCCGAAAGGACUAUCUUUGUAUUGAAACCAAUGGUUAAAAUUUUGAAUAAUUAUUAUAAAAUCUAAUUCAAUCUAUGUCAAUAGAGCAAAAUUAUAAAUAAGUAAACAGUGAUUUAAGCAACGCGCAAAAUAAUAAGUACCAAAGAGUUUUGUUUUACGGUCCAAACGGCUCCUUUCUGAACAUAUGUUUAAUGAACAAAAAUGUUUGUUUUUAUGUUUCCUAUCACCCCUUAAGUUUGUUGGUACUUUUCAAGAAAAAAUGUUCAAUCUUUAAAAUCAAAAAGCUUUCUUUAUACAUUAAUAAAGAUCAUAUCGGAAAUAAAUUAUUUGCCUUACAUUUUUUUUGGAUUGAAUCAAAAAAUAUCAAAAUGAAAUAAAUUGAUCUAUGAUUAUUUAUGAAUACUCUUACCUGUGCUGGAAGAACAUGGAUUGAGUUUUAAACAAAGGAAAAAAAUUAUCAAUUUGUGAGAAAUUCUGGGUUUUCAGGAAGAAAAAGUUACAACCUCGUUUUAAACAUAAAUAUUUAGAAUUCAUAAAGACACAAGGAAGAACGACCGGAGAGCAGUUUCCAAUUUAUUAGAUACGUUAUAUUAGACAACCAGGCAAGUUAUGAAAAUAUCUAGAUAAGCUAAAAAAAAUGGGAAAAUCACAACUCUGUAAAAUUUUAAAGAAAAAAACAUAGUAGACGAGUUCAAGGAGCAGGAAAAGUAUCUAAAUUGUUUGAAGACUUGCUGCACCUACUAUGAAGAAGAUACUAUUCGUUACAAAAGAAAAGGAGAAAAAAAACAAACUGCUUAUAACAGACCUAAAAAAGCCCAUAUCUAAUAUAAUUGUAGAGAUUAGUGAAAAACUCAUGCAUUUAAUAUAGCACGUAUUUUUUUUAUGAAGAUUUCAAUAAUUAAAAAAUAUACUAUAUUCUAUUUAAAAAAAACUUAAUAGUUUUAUAGUCCUUAGCUAUAUACAGGUUCUGGCAAGGAAGUUUGGUGUUUUAGAAUAGACCGCCACUGUCCCCCAAUUCCAAGUAAAUAUGAUCCAUUUGCUCUUACAAUGGAUCAUAUCUACUCAAGACAGUUAAGUAUUCGCAAAAAGAAUGUUGGAAUUACUGAAAGAGGAUAUAUAUUUUGAUCAUGAGUGAUGAGGUACACUUUCACUUAUCGGGGACGGUAAACAAACAGAAUUUUCGAUAUUGAACACCGGAAAAGCCCAAAGAACAGCAUUGUUGAGGCAUAUUUUUUUCGAGAUAAUGGACGAACCUUAUCUGUUAAUACAAAUUGCUAUCUGAUCAUAUUGCGCGAUUUUUCUUGCCUUGAUGGAGCCACCUGCUAUACAUUAAGAGUUAUAAUGGCUUUCUUAAGGCAACAUUUUACUUUGACAUUCUUAAGGCGAUGCCAUUGCGUGGAGAUAUUGAGUGGCCCCCUCGUUCAUCGGAUCUUUUGCUUUGUGACUACUUUUUAUGAAGCUCAAUAAUCUUAAAGCUCAAUUUUAUGCAAAAAAAACACGUACUCUGGAAAUCCUUUCCGAAACCAUAGUGCCAGAAAUUUAGAGUUCGACGUGCCGUGCUUGAAAGGUCUAUAGACAAUUACGCCUGCAAGAAUGCCUAGAGAAAAAUGGACGCCAUCUAAACGAUGUAAUGCUUCGAAGCUGAAUGUUUUAUUUUAAUUUAAAAUGGCAAUGUGUGAGUAAUAUACUAAAAUAAUAAAUUUUA